AUGAGACCAAUUUCGUCUGCUCUAAAAUUAAAAACCAAUGAUAGUUCAGAAAAACGUCUCAGGAGUGCAGUCUAAUUCAAAUUAGCAGACUCUUAAAAAUUAAAGAAUGUCCUCAUAAAACAAUCGCAAAAAUCCCAAUAGUCACUAUCCCAAUAAUCGAGACUACAAAGUGGAACAACCUGUAACACAUCACAACGCACUGGAUAUUUUACUCAUAGAAUGAAUGAAGCAGAAUAUGACUCAGGUUCAAGCUCGGCUUUCAGAGGUCAAAUUAAAGUGAGAUCGACCUUUCAUUCAAACAAAAACGAUCUGAUAAGGAGAGUAGACUCUCAAUUUAGUCUAGAUAACAGAUAAGACUAGUCUCCUUAAGAAACCAAUAGAAACGCCAUCCCAGCCUUAUAAAACAGACUCUUUCAAUAGGGGAGCAGAUCCCAAUAGAAAUAAUUAAUUGUUACUCAAGAGAAUAUUGAUUCUUAAGAAGUGAAAAGAAGAAUGAAAUUCGAUCCUCAAGUCAAGCAAUAAGUUAUCUAUUUUAAAAUAUUGAAUAUAUCCAAUAUCGGAUUAAAAAAUUAUCUAUUUUACCUUUACAAGUAACAAAAAUAUUUGAUUGACCUGAUCAAAUCCAAAGCAGAAACCCAACUAAUUGAUUUUUCAUAACAAAUUUUAACGUUCUCCAUAGGAACUCUAUCACCUAUUGCGUUAAUUGAAACUCUUAGUUUUUCUGCCUCCAUGCUUGAAUCAACAUCAUAGCUUGAUUGGGCCAUCUUCUAUCAUAAUUAAACCAGAAUCAUGGCCAAUUAUGCAAAAUAAACAAUGGAUAAAUAUAAAAUGAAAUCUUUGAUUGGACUUGGGAAUUGCUCAAUCAAAAUGCAAUAGUAUGAGAUUGGAAUCAAAUUCUUUAAGAAAUGUCUACAAUAUUCAUGGUUAAAUAAUGACUUAGAUUAUGAAAAUGAAGUUUAUUCGAAACUGGGAGUUUGCUAUUAUUAUCUUGGAGACAUCGAAAAAGUACUAUUUCAACUUAUCAAGACUAAAUUCUAUCAUGAAAGAGCCAUAACCUAUGACUAUGAGAUAGAGAGUUCUCCCUUACGUCAAAUGAGUUCAGAUACUCUCAAAAUCUUCUUAAGUAAAAAUUUCACCAGAAAUUAUGCUGAAACUAUAAAUACUCCACUUUUGAAUAGAUUAAAUCUGCCCCUUCCUUAAGAUAUAUUGUCAAUUUCAUAAUAAGAAAUCUAGAAUGAAUCUCCUACUAUGAGCAAUCCCAGGACAAUUAAUGAAUCCAAGGUUUCAUCUACCAGAAGAAGCUCAGUCUUUGAAUCAAAUCCACAUGUGAAAAUGUUUUCUGCAAUGUAAGUGGACGGACUAAAAAUUUAAUAGGAAAUUUUAUCGACGUAAGAAUUUGAAGUUGAAAUUUACACUCCAAAACAUUCAUUUAAAUCAGAAAGUAAAUGCUUUGAUUUUAUAAGAAAUAAAAAAAUACAUCCUUAAGAUAUCUUUCAUGAUAUUAAAUAUAAAACCAAUCCCUUUAUUUUGUCUGAUCUUGGAGUGAUAAGUGGUUAGAAUGAUGAAAACCCUAUUGAGAAUCCUUAAAUAUAUAAAUUGCCUUUAGAUCAGUAAAUUGAUAUCAGAUUAAAGAAGAAGACCUAUGUGGACAUAUAAUCAAAAUUAAAAAAAUUAAUGGACUAUAAAUAUCAUAUAAAGACAUAAAUGAAGAAUAAAAUUCUGAUUACACACAGAAACAUUGAGAAUGAAAAAAGACAUUAUGUUGUGGAUUAGAAUAAAGUUCUAGAAAGUGUAUAAAGAAAUUUUGUAAAUCUCAUCGAAAAUUUAAUGAUUUAUUUUAUACGUAAAAUUCUUUCAAUAAUUUACAUAAUAAUAUACAUGUAUCCAAGAUAAUUAAAAAAGUAGGACAAGCAGAAGCAAUCUUCCAAUAUUUCUGAUUUCAUUCUCAAUAAACUCUUAAGUGAAUUUGGUUAAAAGCCAAUAGAUAAGGAAUUAAUUACUUGCUAUGUGCGUGAUUAUAAUUCCAAAUACUCUUCGUUUAAUGAAAGUGGUGUAAGAGCUUUGAAAGCAGAGAUACAAGAGGCAGUCAAGAAGCAAUAGAUAGAAAAGGAAGCUAUAAUAAAAACCUUAAAAUAACAGUCUAAUAGUCAAUAGUUACAAAAUAUGGAUGAUAAACAAAAAAAUGAAAAUAACUCUAAAUAAAAUACAAAAGCUCUAACUUAGGGACUAGAACAAUAAAAUACUUAGAGAAGGAAUAACCCUAUAGAAAUUGCAAGGUUAGACUCAUUAACAUCUGAUAAUAAAUAGAAAUCUGUUUAUCAAUUGGAUGAUGAUGAAUAAGAUGAAUGGGCAGCGAUUAUUAAAUAUGAUACAGCUUUAUAUUAAAAGGAAUAGGAAGAAAGAAAAUAGAGAGAACUCUAAUUGAGAUAGAAGUUAAAGGAUGAUUUAGAUAAACAAUUAAAAGAGAAGGCAGAGUUAAAAAAGGAAGAAGAAAUGAAAGAAGCCAAAUUUACACAAUUGAAUCAAUAAAGGAAAUAGGAGUUUGAGUAAUUUGAAAAAUAGAAGAAAGAAUUGAUCAAACUUAAGCAAUUAGAAGAAAAAAAGUUAAGGGAUGAGUAAGUUUAAUAAGAAAAGCAUAAGAAAAGGGAAAAUUACAAGUAAUCAAAAUUGUAAGAUGAUGAGAUGCUUUAAUAGCUAAAGUUUGAAAUAAGUAGAGAAUCCCAAGAAUUAAAUAAAAAAAGAUAACAAUAAAAGGAUAAAUUUUAGUAGAUUUUGAAAGAAAAUGAAUAAUUACGUCAAAAAGCAUAAGAGGAACUUAAACUCUAGAAAGAAAAUGAUACUAAAUUGUAAUAAUAAUAAUUAUAGAAACUGAUAUAAGAUGAUGAAAGGAGAGAAUAAUAAAAGAGGGAGAGGGAUGACAAAAUUAAAUAGUUCAUGAGUAAUUACAGUCAUUAGGUAUUGACUAAGUAAAAGGAAAAUGAAGAGAAUGAAGGAAAGUAUAUGUUGGAGUAAUUAAAAAAACAAGAGGAAUAAGAUAGAUAAUAAUAGUAAUAUAAGAAAUAAAAAGAAAAAGAAAAAAUGGAUCUAGUGAAACAAUAAUUGUAAUUGUAAAUUCAACAGAAAUAAUAAAAGAAGUUAUCAGAAGAGGAAGAAUAAAAAUUGUUAUUGCUACAACAAAAAUUAGAACUUAUGAAUUACACAUAAAAAGAAAAAGCAAAAUAACUUUAUAUCAAAAAUAAUUAUAAAUAAAACUAAGAGGAUAUAAAGAAAUAAAUUGAAUAGAGUAGAAAUAAGAGUGCUCAUGAGAAAAUGACAAAUUUGGAAUUGUUGCACAAUAAAUCUAUUUUGCGCAAUAUAGCAGAGGAAUAGGUUGCAAAGACUAAGUUUAGGAAAGUGAAUGUGUCAAUGAAAUGA